UAAAUUAAGCUCACUCAUCAUUUUCUACCAGGAUGCCGAGGAUUCUGUACGCAAUGUUCUCCAUUUCUACUACCAUUCUCUCAGAUUCUUAACCAUUUUUUUCUAGGGUUACGAAGACCAUGUGGACGAUGACGACGAUGAUGAAGAAGAGGACGGUUCUUAUGCUGAUGAUGAGUACGGAAAAAAGAAAGUACAGAGGAAAAAGAAGUCGCUCCCUUCCUCAUCAGCUCCCAGGCCAAAAGCCCGUGUCUCUGGCGACGAAAUUCGAGUAUCCAGCAGAGGCGGUAAGAUUCCAAAUUACAUCGACGACGUUCAGGACUUGGCGCAACUUGAGGAGGAGGAGAUGGAAACAGGCUACUACGUUGAUCCAAAUGCUCAGUUCAAGGAGGAAGAUGAGAUCGAGGCAGUUUUAAGUCACUGCAGAGACGAAGGUCGCGAGGAUGAUUCCGAAGAUUUAUGGUCGGAUAACAUUCGGUUCCACAUCAAGUGGAAGAACUUUUCACACUUGCACAACACCGAUGAAACUUAUGAGUUUUUAAAACGUUUCAAAGGAUUGAAGCGUGUCGAUAAUUAUAUCAAAGCUUAUAAGCUCUAUCAGGCCCGCCUAUCCGCUCCUGGUCUGUCUCGGGAAGAUGCUGAAGCACUUUUACUGGACAAGGAACGAGAAAAAGAAGAGCUUGAAACCUACAAAAUCGUUGAGCGCAUUGUUUCGCAUAGAGACAGUGGUGAUGUUGAAGGCCAGCUUGAAUAUUUUUGUAAGUGGACAGGCCUUAACUACGAGCACUGCACUUGGGAGACGCAGGACGAAAUUCGACCCAUCGCAAAAAUUCAAAUUGAAGCGUACCGAUCACGAGAAGCGGAGGCCAAGUUCCCUUAUAAGAGUAUGCAAUAUGCUCGCACCCAACGACCUACUUUCCAAAAGAUUACCAAAGAUCCUGACUAUAUCACUGCCACCGGUGGAGAGUUGAAGGAUUUCCAGCUCACUGGACUUAAUUGGCUUGCUUAUCUAUGGAGCAAGGGAGAGAAUGGCAUCUUGGCCGAUGAAAUGGGUCUUGGCAAGACUGUUCAAACGGUUGCCUUUAUUUCCUAUUUAUUCCACGAGAUGCAUCAGUACGGACCAUUCCUUGUUAUCGUCCCGCUGUCAACUAUAACCGCAUGGCAAACACAAUUCGCCGCAUGGGCACCCGACAUCAAUGUCAUCACGUACAUUGGCACCGCAGCGGCCCGUGAAGUUAUACGGACGUAUGAGUUCGGCCCAUCCAAUAAGAGGCUGAAGAUGAAUGUAUUGCUCACUACUUAUGAGCUUACUCUUCGGGACGCCAAGGAUCUAGCAGAUAUCAAGUGGCAUGCUCUUGCUGUGGACGAGGCGCAUCGAUUGAAAAACUCGGAGAGCCAGUUAUAUGAAGCAUUAAGGUCGUUUUCAGCUGCUUCAAAGCUCCUCAUCACAGGUACUCCCCUUCAAAACAACGUGAAAGAGUUGCUGUCCUUGAUGCACUUUUUGAUGCCUGAGAAAUUUGCGCUGAGUAACGAGUUUGAUCUAAACGACGCAGACCAUGAGGCCAAGAUAAAGGAGCUGCACGAGCAAUUAGAAUCAUUGAUGUUGAGGAGACUGAAACGCGAUGUGCUCACGUCUUUGCCUACCAAGAGCGAGCGUAUUCUGCGAGUAGAAAUGAGUGCAUUGCAAACACAUUUCUAUAAAAAUAUCUUGACGAAGAACUUCCAAGGCCUCAUCAAGAGUGCAAAUGGCAAUAAUAACAUCAGCUUGCUUAACAUCGCCAUGGAGCUCAAAAAGGCCGCCAAUCACCCCUAUUUGUUUGACGGUGCCGAGGUCCGCACAGACAACUCCGAGGAGACCCUCAAGGGUCUUGUCAUGAACAGCGGGAAAAUGGUGCUACUUGACAAACUAAUGGUUCGCCUUCGACAAGAUGGUCACCGUGUCCUGAUAUUCAGUCAAAUGGUCCGGAUGCUGGACAUCCUCAGCGACUACAUGUCUUUGAGGGGUUACCAGCACCAGCGUUUGGACGGCAUGGUUGCAUCCGAGGCUCGGAAGAAGUCGAUUGCUCACUUCAAUGCUCCUGGUUCGCCUGACUUUGCGUUUCUACUCUCAACUCGUGCAGGAGGAUUGGGAAUCAAUCUUGAGACUGCUGAUACUGUCAUCAUAUUCGAUAGCGAUUGGAAUCCCCAAAAUGACCUGCAGGCUAUGGCAAGGGCCCAUCGUAUAGGCCAAAAGUCGCAUGUCAGCGUGUAUCGUUUCGUCAGUAAAGAUACAAUGGAAGAGGAUGUCCUAGAGCGAGCGAAAAAGAAGAUGGUUCUUGAAUACGCUAUCAUCAAUCAAAUGGAUACUUCACAAGCUCAUUUGAGUGGUAAGGGGAUCGAGAAGGUUAAGGAGGCCAGCAAGCCCGACAACCUCAGCAAAGAUGAACUUACCGCUGUCCUAAAGUAUGGUGCUCAAAAGAUGUUUGACAAGGACGACUCUCAACAAAACCAAAAGUUGGAUGAGAUGGACUUGGAUGACAUUCUGAAUCGCGCGGAAGACCACGAAACAUUGGCUGAUAAUGGUGAUGGCGGUACAUCGCUUGGUGGUGAAGGUUUCCUCGCACAGUUUGCCGCCGUGAGCGACGUCAAGAAUGAUAUGAGCUGGGAAGACAUCAUUCCCAUGGAAGAGCGCCAGAAGUUUGAGAAAGAGGAGGAUCACCGGAAGGCGGAAGAGCUGGCUCAGCAAGAUUCAAGAGAUCGCAAGCGAUCACACGCGCCAGUGUCCUACGAGGGUAUGGACGUCGACCAGCCGACGACUACGCCUGCACCCAAGAAGCCCAAAGCCCCUGGAGCUACGAGGAAAACUGCUAGCCAAAAAGCCAUGGAGUUGAAAGAACGCGAUGUCCGUGUUCUUAUUCGCAGUCUGCAACGUUGGGGGGAUAUUCGCCAACGUUAUGACGUUAUUGUCAAUGAAUCCAAACUCACGGAGAAGAACAAAGGCAUGAUGAUAGAUGUUUCGGAUGACAUCAUCGAGAUAUGUUCCAACGCAGUUGAAGAAAACAAUUCUCAAAAACGUGCACGAAUAGCAGCUGGAGAAACUCUUACCAAUGCGCAAAAGAGCAAGGCUGUUUUGGUCUCCUAUCGUAAUGUGGGCAAUAUCAACGCGGAAACAGUUCUGUCACGCCAUCGAGACCUACGCAUCUUGUAUAAUUUCUUGAGCGAUCUAACAACGGAGGAGCUUUAUAACUGGGCCAUUCCCAUCGAAAAUAUCAGACCUACUUUGAAUUGGUCUGGGCGAUGGGGGCCUCAGGAAGAUUCUAUGCUUCUUGUUGGUGCUUUUCUCUAUGGCUUUGGAAAUUGGGAGGCAAUGGCAAAAGACUCAAGAUUAGGUCUAGAAGGCAAAUUUUUCCUAGAAGAAGGCAAGAAAGGUGAAGAUUCUGCAAGCAGACCAAUUCCAAAUGCCAUCCACUUGGUACGCCGGGGAGAUUUUCUGUUGAGCAUACUUCGUGAGCACGACGAGAAGCUACGUUCGUAUGAGAGUUCCUUGCGGACCAAGGGACAGCUAAAAGUAUCAGCCACUCCUCCCCCGACAGCCGUAGCGUCAUCAUCGACAAGUAGUCUAAAGCGACGAGCCGAAAGCGAAGCUGUUGCGUCUGUCGAUGACGGCAGCACGAAGAAACGUAAACGUCGACCGACGCCGACUUUCACUGAUUCGGAGUCAUCAGACGAGUGCCCCUCGAUGGAUGAAGCUGCGACAAAGGAGGAACUGCGUCCUGUAAAGAAGCAACUUAAACAACUCAAAUUGUCGGGCGAAGAUAUGCCUAGAGAUGAUAAAGUGGCUAUCUUGAAGGAUUCUCUCGCUGCCAUCGGUCGACGUAUAGAGGUUGUUCUCACCGCCAAGCAGGCUGCCGGUGAAGAUACCGAAAGAUGGCGUCGUCACUUGUGGGCAUUUGUUACUCUCUUCUGGCCAAAGAAAGUCAAGGCAUCCAAACUGGAGGAGAUACAUGCGAAAAUGGUGAUGAAAGAAGGAGCUCCUAGAGCAUCAGCCGACAUCGCCAAUAAGAAGCCACGUAUUAACACUAGUGCGAAGACGAAUGGUUCUGUAUCUAGUCCUUCGAUAAGGACGAAUGGGAAGUCGUCCUUUCGCUGAUGUAUCGUCCUGUUGUUUUCUAUAUUUGGAUUCUAUCCUAUUUUCUUACUAUCUCUUGUUCUUUUUCUUCCACUCACCUUCGUACUGUCGCAUCACCAAUAGCUGUCUUAAUCGCAAGUGCUCUACCAUGGAUGUAUUUCAAAUAUUGUUUAGCUUGAAUAUCAAAUAUUAACCUCAAUGAAGCAAAAAACAUGGUUUAACCUCGAAACCUAUAUCACAAGCAAGAUCUGGUAAUACAAUGGUAAUUUUGGACGUAGUGCUAACCCUUGCUGUAAAGUCAUGAUCAUGGUGAUAAUCGACGUUCUUUACACUUGUAGUUAUCGCACUUGAAGACGAAUGGCGGACUUCAGGGUCCCUCCACUCUGCUUUCGGGGCCGCUGGGAUUGAUGGCGCCCAAAGUCAAGGGUGACGUUGGAAUUUCGAUCCAAUACAACCUCUUGAGUUGGUUCGCGGGUAAAUAUCUGUCGGGUUGAAGAAGUGCCUGCCUGCUGGCGAGCGUGGUUUGUGUGUCUUUCACUGUGGUAUCUCUCUGUCCUUUGUGUCGUCGUUCUGAUCUCCUGCUGUUGCGCGCGUACUGCUGUUACUAUAGAGCAAUUAUAUUGAUAGGCCCUUCACAUUCAUACGCCACAUUAUACACACCUUCAAGGAGCCUUGCGUCUGCCUCUCGUUGA